AUGGACACGAGCGGCUCGAACGUAAUCAAACAGGACCUCUACGAAAACACACCGCAGGAGAAGCCUAUGGUGCCUGCCGAUGCACAGACGUUGUCGAAGGUGGGACAGAGCGUCCCCGCGGCCCCAACCAACAUCCACAACCUCAACCUGCGCUUGAUCGGAAACAGCGCCUUCAACGCGCUGGUCGACGAGAGGGGCAGCAUCACGUGGAGCUGCAUGCCGCGCUUCGACGCCGACCCCGUGUUCUGCUCCCUGCUGAGGAAGAACAAGGACAUCGGCUUCUUCGAUAUCGAGCUUCAGCACUUUGCGAGGAGCGAGCAGGAGUACGUGAAGAACACCGCCAUUCUCAAGACCACCCUCUACGACAAGUUUGGUAACACCUUGGAGAUGAUCGACUUCUGCCCUCUGCACCAGUCUGCUGCCCGUGUCUACCGACCCACCAUGCUGAUGCGCAUUCUCAACGCCACCGGAAGGCCGCGCAUCCGUGUCAGGCUGAGGCCGACCUUCGGCUACGGCUGGGGUGUCCCGGAGAAGACCCGCGGGUCCAACCACAUCCGCUACCUUGUGCCCACGGGUACCCUGCGUCUCACCUCCAACGCGCCCAUCUCCUACCUGCUGCGGGAGGUGGCCUUCGAGGUCGACGGCCCCAUUUUCCUCAUCCUCAUGCCCGAUGAAAGCUUGUCCGUGGGCAUCGAGGAGUUCGCUAUCUCCACGCUGGAGAAGACGCAGGCCUACUGGGAAGAGUUCGUAUCCUACUUGGCGAUUCCCUUCGAGUGGCAAGAGAACGUGAUCCGCGCCUGUAUCACUCUCAAGCUGCUCACCUAUCAAGAAACCGGCGCCAUCGUCGCGGCGGCUACCACCUCGAUCCCUCGCGAGGCCCAGAGCAAGCUGCAGGAUCUGAGGUAUUGCCGAGUCGAGGACAUGCCCCACAUCAUCCGCACGCUCAACAGGCUCGGCAUGGCGCCCUCGAUGUCGCAGUACUUGAGCUUCAUCUCCAACAUCGUCGCCGAGUUCGUCGACAACGAGGACAGCCAGGCUGGCCUGCAGGGCAUCUACGGCAUCUCGCUGGAGACCCUGCUCCACCAGAAGGAGGUGCACAGACUCUCGGGCUAUCGCGGCGAGAGCCCCGUGGUCGUGGGCAACAACGAAUUCAAAGAACCCGCCAUCGCUUCCUACGGCAGCAUCAUCCUCGCCAUGGCGCAGUGCUUCUUCGACCAGAGGCUCAACACUCCCGGCGACGAUUCCACGCUGUUCGGCCGACUCGAGAAGCUGGGCCAGCGCAUUCUGCAGGACUACAAGAAGCCCGCAGCGAAUGGCACGCUCAACAUCAACCACACCGUGAUGUGCUGGGCCGGCUGCGACAGGCUCUCCAAGAUCGCCACCAAGCUGGGCUCGACGCAGAAGGAGCAGUUCUGGCAACGGGCGGCCGAUGAAGUCAGGGCCUUCAUCCUGACCACCUACUGGAACGACAAGGACAACCACUUCUGCUCCGAUUCUGCCUGCAAGCAAAUUACUCCCCAAGUCCUGUUGCUGUCCGAAAUCGGCUUCUUGGCUCCCGACGACCCUCAGUUCAUCGACACCAUCAAGGCGGUGGAGAAGCACCUCGUGUCCAAGGAGCACCCGUUCCUGCUGUCGGCCCCGCAGCACAAGGGCAACUGCUACAUCCUCUACACCGUGUGGUACAUCAACGCCCUGUACAGCACCGGCCGCGUGGAGGAGUCCCGCAACCUCUUCGAGGAGGUGCUCUCCUGCUGCAACGGCUGCGGCACCGUGGGCGAGACCAUCGACCCCAAGACCAGGGAGCUGUGGGGUAACUUCCCGCAUGCCAUCACGACCACAGCCAUCAUCUACACGGCCCUGCGUCUGUCCAUCCCUUGGCGCAACAUGAUCUAA